AUUUUAACGAAGUGAAAGUAAAAUUGGUUUCAUGCCUAUGUAUCUACUAAGAGGGCACUGCUGAACGUUGCUCGAAUAUUUUUACAACAUAUUCUCUAUGAAGAUGGAUAUUUUGAGUUCGCUUUACAAGACGGUGAUUGUGUUCCAAUUAAGUCGUUUGGGAUUUUCUUCUGAAACACCAACGACUCUACCAGCUUUGCAGAGAAAUGUGUGUCUCAUAGAUGCAAUUCACAUCCAUGAUAAAUUGAUUCAGAAAGAGUGCCCAUACAGUUUAAUUGGAAAAGAUAACACAAACUGCACAAUACCCUGCAUUGUGGAACUUGAGAUUGAUAACAGUUACCAUGAUCAUAACCAUGGGAUUGACUACAUGAUUUUCAAUCUAAGAAACAAUAUUUCCUUUUCCCACAAAAAGUUUUUGGACGUUUCAGAGUGCAUCAUUAAAACGAUAACUAUCAGAUGUGACUUCAAGUAUCACAAAGAUAGACAUGCAUCUUGUCUUGAGAAAUUGAGACCUUCAAUUCAUGAAACUGGUUCAGGCAAACUGAAAACACAAAACUAUUCAUCCAAAGGAACUAGACAAAAAAACAGAACCGAAUCGGUUUUUGCUGCUUUACAAGAAGAUGGAACACUACCAGGUUCACUUAUUGGUUUGAUUGGCGCAGUGAUUGGUUGCUUGAUUGGAGUGGUACUGACACUAUUUGGUGGCUGGAUCAUUAAAACCUUGCGACAAAGGCAUCUUCACCAGGAAAAUUUGGACCUGUAUCCAACCAGUCAAUCCAUUUAUAAUCCAGUUUUAUACACAGAAAUUGAAGAACUGAGGAUGCCAGUGAAGGCAUCCCAAGUUCCAUCCCUUGAGGAUAAUAGUUCUCUUAGUGCAAGGUCAAGGACAUCAAACACUUACCAUACGUUAGCGGAAAUGGGAAGCCUUGGCAAAUCAACAACUUUAAUUCAAGACAUUGGUUCAGACAAGCUGAGAACACCAAACCAUUCACCUAACGGAUCUCGACAGAGUCUGUCAUCUUGUUGUAGUGUUAAAAAGGAUGAGCAACAAAGAGAAAGUGGAGAUAGUAAAAAAUACUUUCAACUUGAACGACAAGAAUUAACAUAAGAACAGAGUUUUUAACUGCCUAGAUUUUUGUUUUUAUAUUGAACAAUUCUAAACUAUUGUAAUUUUUAUUGUUAUAUUGUAAUCUUUUGUUAUGCUGUCUUUCUUUCGGGAGAGUUUGUAAUUGUAAAUUGGGUUAUGAAAAAGAUAUUUUUAACAGAACUUCAAAAAAUUAAAUCAGUCUUAAUUAUAUGUAUUGUCUUUUUUCAAAAUUCAAAAUGGAUUUUGAUAGUUUCACAAUAUUCACGCAUAACGAUUGAAUAGUUUCUUUAAAUCGAAUGUGAUUGUAUCACUUCUAGCUGAUAAUAAUAUUGUAAACUAAAGUCAAAUAUAUUAAUUUAAUAUUCAAUGUCAAUGCGACAUAGUAAAGUUAAAAUCUUAAACUGAUUUUCUUCAUUUUAGUAUUGCUAUAUGUAUAUUGACACCGACAAUUAGUAUUGUUUUGGAAAAUCAAUUUCAAUUGAUUUUUUUUAUUCAAAUGUGUUAUCAAAUAAUCAUUGAUUUAUAAAAAAUCAUUAUGGAUUUAGAAUACUAACUGUUAUUCACAAAAUAUGUGGAAAGAUGAUCUAAACAUUAAAAACCAUUUUUUGUUUUGAUCAUUUAAGCAUGCAUCAUAUUGCUGGCUUUACAUACACAAAUGUAAAUAUAUAUUAGCAUUUGGUGUGAUUGGAACCGACAGAUGUGCUCUCGAUUCUAUCUGAGAACACUGGUGUGUCCUAUGUACAUAACAGAGUAUAUGUAAGUCUCUGUCUUUAUUUAAGUCAGUUUCUUAAAGCUCUCGGUCCAAAAUGUAGGCACUGCCACAGCUCAAGGCUCUUAUUCGAUACAAAAGGAGGGGUUGGUAUUCUCGUUUAUUUAACAACAAUGUCAAAUUUUAUUUCUAUUUACUAUUUUUUGAAAUUACAAAGAGGAGGGGCUAAAUGUUCUGUACGUUCGUUUUUCUAUAUACGGAUAAAACAAAAAGAAAUGUUUAUACCAAAAAGAGGGAUCUCCAAAUCUCCUCCCCUCCUUCCUUGCGAUGUGUCUGCCUUUGAGCUUAAGAAUUAAACGAAUUAAUACUGUCUCUGGGUGGCGAGAGAUUAAAAUUGCUCAUGUAUUUCAUUGAGACUUUUGCUCAAGUCUUUUAGUUACACUCCUUGCUGUGAUUAUUGACAAGUAAAUUAUAUAAAUGUUCUUAGCUAAAGAGUAAAUUUACACUGAUUAAAAUAAGCCAUGCAAGAUGGUUUCCAUUUCUAUUAUCAUUUUAUUUCGAAAAUAAUAAAUGAAAGAUUUUUUUCUUAAAUUGUGUAUUGUAUUUUUCAGAUAGAUUAAAACUAAUUUAUCACAGUAUAUAAUUUGUAUCAAUCGAUAGUAUAUAUAUCGCAAAUUCAAAGUAAAUUGAUUGUCUUUUUUAUCAUAAAUUCUACAAAAAUGUACAAAAAUUCUUAUGUAUUACUUGUCUGAAUUUCAAACUCAUUUGAUAUUAAAAUAAUUCAUGGAUUGUAACAAUUUUUUACACAUACCCGGUAACUUGGAUUUCUCGUCCUCUUUAAUGGAACUAAACUAGUUGUUAUUAAUUGGUUAUUAAGAUAUAUAUGUAAAUC